AUGCGACAAUGGCUUAGCAUCUUCAGCGCUAGCGGCUUGAGUUUGGCAGCCGCUAGUCGCGGAAAUCUAGCACUGUGGCCGCAGCUACUUGAUGCAAAACUUUUGUUCUCCACAUCCAUAGAAAAUGUGACGGUCAUCGAAGCUUCAAAUGGAGGAGUAUUAAGUACAUUCUCCACAAAAAUUGAUAUGCAGUCGAAGGUAUCUUUCGACCCUCUUAUCGAUUCGAUUCAGAUUACAUGGAUUCCAGCUACAGAGCUACAAAGCUCGACGUUCGAUCGCUUUUUUGCAAGCUCUUUACGAUUUGAUAGGAUUAAUGCUGUUGGUAUCCAUUUGCGUGCUGAAUUGCGAAAAGAAGUCGAGAAUACUGCGAUAGAUGAAACGACUCUUGAACGAUUAGAGGUAAAUGUUCGUGAUUUCUUGCACGACACCUUACCCUCAUUUAAAAUCUAUCCUUGGUUGUCAAAAGGUUUCUUUGCCAAAUCUUUUUGCGAUGUCAACGUCUGGAAAACGGUUAAUUUGCCAGUUGAUAUUUCUCACGGAUCAACUAUCAGCUCGCGUACAUGUCUAUCCUCAUCCUUUCCUUUGAUGCGAGAGGAGGGGACUCCGUCAUUCUACAGCAAGUUUAUUCAGGAAGUGAGAUAUGGUGGAACUAUUCGUGGAGACUCGUCUUUUGAGCAGUCGCUGAUUGAAGCGCAUCGAAACUUUUUGAGUAGCCGACAUGAACUCAAGUUGUCAUUUGUUAAAUUUAGUCACGGGUCGACUAUCGAGGCAGAAUAUUUGGGAGCAUACAUAAUGAAACCUUUGAGUGCAGAUAAAGCUUUUGAAGCAGCAAACCCGGUUUGCAAAAGUACAAGUGAUGUGCUCGUGGUUACUUCUAUUGCUAAAGCAACAGAACUUUACGAGCUCAAGCAAGCUUGGCUUCAAUUUGAUGGCAAAAUUGUACCUCUUAAUUCUGUGGUAGAGGUGCAAAUUUUGAAAUUCGCACUUGCAACCACGAUGCAGUCUGCAAUCGUCGGAGCCGGAUUUCAUCGCCAAUACGUUAUCGACCUUGAGAUAUUCGAUCUCGAGGUCUCUGACCAAAAAGAUUUGCAAAAUUCGAUUUUCGUGCGCAUGCCAAUUUCGAAUACUGCAUAUAUCGACCUCGACGAGAUUCGGAGAAUGGAGCGGUUCGGUGACCUAAAGUUGAUCUCCUUUACAAAACAUAUCGAAAUUGAGCGGCCUUCUACCGUUUCCUCGCACCACAUCAUUGGAUUCGAAUUUCUCUUGUCAACAGCCAACAAAUUGCAUUUCAAAAUACCCAUUCACUUUAGAUAUCAAGCAGCUUCGAAAAGUUCAAUGUACCGUUCAGCAUCGGUGAUAGCGCCUGACUGCUUUUUAAUUAGCCAAGGAGUGAUUUCUGCCAAGACAAAGGUAAAGAUAUCACGGGACGAUAGAGUGCUAAAAUAUUUUCAGACCUGGGAUUUGAUUGAUAAAGCGACUACACGCAGUGACAGCCAAUGGUCCCCUUUGAUAGCAAAACAUCCUCUUCCAGUAAAUGAGGUUCUUAUACCUGUUGGCUAUUUACCGUUGAGUUGGCUCGUGAGCACCGUGACGCUAAUCUUUGCAUUUAUGGGCGCGGCAAUUCUUAUCUGGCUUUCAAUUGGCAAUGCGAAUCGAGCUCAAAGCGCUAAAACAAACUUUGGGGCUCGCUGGAAGAGAAAGCUGAGAGGUUAA